AUGGCUAUCUCACCGCCUCGUACUAGAUCGAAGACCAUGGAAACCCAAACAGUUUCUGCAGCUUCACUAAUGACCCCGGCCAGAUCAACAACACCAGGAUCACCCAUUGCAGCACCUGUUAAAGCCAAGCCUAAAUCUAGCCAAGAAUUCCUCCCUGCACCAUCCACCAAGCGAAAAAGGACAUUUGACGAUACCCCGGUCCCGCUCAAGCUGAAGAAAACAGCCUCGACUUCCAGAAGAGCCGCGGGUCGCAUUAAAACUCUCAGCUGGUUGGCAGACCUUGAGGAGGAGGAGGAUCUCGAAUCUCCUCAGUCUCCGACGCCUGCCGGUUCAGGGGCUGUCGAGGAAGAGGAGACCAGUGAAGAUGAGGAAGAGAAGGUGUCUAAGCUUAGACCUAAGUCGUUCCAAUGCGAAAGCUUUACAAAAAGCUGGGAAGAGAUCGGACAGCAACGAAACUUUGAGUUCUUCCAGGCCUAUCCUCAUGAUGAAUUCUCAACCCUCUGCAUGGAGCAUUUCAUGGAACUUGCAGAGGGUUGGUACUAUCGGCGAAAACCCAUGGUCAACCGGCAGGCUCAAAAUAUCGUCAGGGCUGGCUUGACCCAAAAGCCCGACUUCUCGAAACUGGCCCUCCCUGUAUGUGAUGAGACAUGGACCGUCAAGAGUCUUGAAGGCUUCAUGGCCGAGCUACGCCAGCAGAUCAACGAUGCCAGUGAUCGGGUGACGGUCAACCAGGUGCAAAUCCUCGAUACUGCUGGAGAACGACCCAUCUGUGAGCUUGGAAACCAGUACCGCCCUCUCAAGUGCUCAUUAUGUACCAACUAUGAGUUGCCAUGCAGGGGUAAUUACAUGGAGGUUGACAAAGCACGUUGUCGUAUGGAUGUUGCACCCUACCCCCUGAGCCCAUAUUAUGCCGCCGUAAAGAAGGCUUCCAGGUGUGUUCCUGACUGUGGCCACCAAAAGGCUCUCACAAUCCUUAUGGGUGACAAGGGCAAAGACUACAUGGAGUGCGAGGAAUGCUGUUACAUCCAGGCACUCCCUCAGCAACCCUCCCAAAGGCCAAACACAUAUGCAAUCAAAGUAGCUGGGAUACGUAUCCCGGUUAAAGUUCGUCCUGAGCGGCUUUGUCUGAAUAGCAAGCUCGGUCAUGCCGACCUCGGAGGUAUUCAUGUCGUUGUUGACUACUGUGCUGACAAGCGGCGAAUGAUCAAAUUUCGGUCAACCCAAUUCUCCAAGGCUCAUGAGAUGCAUGCCUUGGACUUCCACCUGGAGGAUGAGAUCAGUAUGCAUGACUUUGAGUUGCCAGAAGAGCAUAUAUUCGAUCUUCCUGAGUCCAUCGAGUCAAGAUCUUUCAUUCAAACUUGGAAGAUCCAGGGCAUUUACAGUGGGUCUAGCGGCCUCCUCCAGGAGUCCAGGGGACCUCCUGCAGCGCAAGAUGGCCCAGUCCAGCUGAUGAUGCGUCUCUUCGGCGGCAAGAACAACAAGAUCAAGGUCGACCCUCCCAAGAUCAGGAUCGAAAAGGUUGUCGUCGACCGACCUGCCCAGAAGCCUAAGCCUAAAUCCACUUCCGCACUCAGCGGCUCAGCAUCGCGCUCCUCCUCUUCCCACCGUCCCUCGCCGAAGCCACUGGCACGACAGGCUAGUCACUCGCCGUACCCCUCAUCUUCCGACGAGAAGCGACUCGAGCGUAAGCGCAAGGCACCCUCCGUCACCCGGCGAUCACCAGCAAGCGACCGUAUCGAGUUCGACAAAGACAGCGAUGGCGAAGACGAUGGAUGGAUGACUCUCGAUACCAAGAGACAACGCAAAGGCACGGAAGACGGUAGCUUUGUUGACCCCAACCGCAAACUGAGAAGCGUAAGAGCCUUUGAGGAUCGGAUGGACAGUCGAAGCUUCAUCCAUGCCGUAGACGUGGCCUCGCUUGAGCACAAGUGUGUACCUGUGAUGGGCGCACAGAAAGAGGAUGUGGCUAUCCGACUACAAUAUCCCAGCUUACAGCCUCGAGAAAAGUAUGAGCUAGUAUGGGGAAAAGACAAGAUCGAUGCUGUGGAAGCCAGCAUCAAGGUGGUUCGCCACGUAGCCGAAACAUACCUCACCGAAGAGGAAGCAGAGCCUUUCACAAAUCCCAAUGGUGGCAUCAUUCGAAGACUGGAAAAGGCCUCCAACCGGAACAUCCAGGAUUUGAUGGGUUUCAAGGCAGCUCUGCGCGAAUACAACGAAAAGCUUCGUGCUCUAGUCGAGGACGGUGUAAUUGCCAAGAAUCUCGAUAAGAUGCAUGAGCUCCCUCAGCACCUUGUGGCUUUCAUUCUCGAUCAAAUUUAUGACCGAACAGUGGCUCUCAAAGUGGAACUUCUUUCAAAGUAUGAGAAUGGAACCGACUAUGUCUAUGGCGAACUACUCCACCCCUUCAUUUCUAAAAUCUUGGUAGAGCAGACACGAAUGACCUCUGGUCAGGUCUUCGUUGAUCUCGGCUCGGGUGUUGGUAAUGUGGUUUUGCAAGCGGCCCUCGAGAUCGGUUGUGAGAGUUGGGGUUGCGAGAUGAUGGAGAACGCCUGCAACCUUGCUGAGGAGCAAAAGAAGGAAUUCGAUGCCCGAUGCAUGCUCUGGGGAGUUCGACCUGGCAAGGUUCACCUGGAACGGGGCGAUUUCCGCAAGAAUUUGUCCAUCCAUGAGGCCCUCAAGCGCGCAGAUGUUGUGCUUGUAAACAACAAGGCCUUCACCUCGCAGCUCAACGACGACUUGGUCCGUAUGUUCCUGGAUCUUAAAUCGGGUUGCAAGAUCGUGUCGCUCAAAUCCUUUGUUGCGGAAAAAAGCAACAACCACAACAUCAACGACGUUGGCAGCACCAUCCUGGAGGUGGAAGAGUGCACAUACCCCGAGGGUUAUGUGAGUUGGACUAAUGCAGGAGGAUCGUACUUCAUUUCGACGCGCAAGUAG